AUGAGAAUAGAGGCCAUUGUCCACUCACGAGCAGCGUCUCCAACACUUGCCGCGGUGCAAGCAAACAUCGCCACAACGCCCAAUGAGAAUAGGGGCCAUUUGUCCACUCACGAGCAGAGUCUCCAACACUUGCCGCGGUGCAAGCAAACAUCGCCCCAAUGCCCAAUAAGAAUAGAGGCCAUUGUCCACUCACGAGCAGCGUCUCCAACACUUGCCGCGGUGCAAGCAAACAUCGCCCCAACGCCCAAUGAGAAUAGGGGCCAUUGUCCACUCACGAGCAGCGUCUCGCGGAGGUGCGGCGAGUGCACCAGCGUCUCCAACACUUGCCGCGCGUCUCCAACACUUGCCGCGGUGCAAGCAAACAUCGCCACAACGCCCAAUGAGAAUAGGGGCCAUUUGUCCACUCACGAGCAGAGUCUCCAACACUUGCCGCGGUGCAAGCAAACAUCGCCCCAAUGCCCAAUAAGAAUAGAGGCCAUUGUCCACUCACGAGCAGCGUCUCCAACACUUGCCGCGGUGCAAGCAAACAUCGCCCCAACGCCCAAUGAGAAUAGGGGCCAUUGUCCACUCACGAGCAGCGUCUCGCGGAGGUGCGGCGAGUGCACCAGCGUCUCCAACACUUGCCGCGGUGCAAGCAAACAUCGCCCCAACGCCCAA